AUGGUUCGAUCAUUUCUUACCUCUGAUGGCAAGGAUAAUCUCAUACAUUUCCUUGCCAUCGACUGUCUGGGGCCCCAGAUGAAGCCUCGAUUCAAGGUCUACACCCACACACAUGUCAACUCGCUCGCCUCAGCCCGUCGUGUCAUCACUAUGGGUGGUCGUGUCCCCUCACCGAAAUAUCUAGAUACUCUCUGGCCGCUCCUUAUGGAUAUGGAAGACGUUUCUCUGAAUGAUAGAGAGGGACUGCAGAAGCCUCUCCGCGAACCCGAAAGCAAGUACUGUGGGCUUAAUCCAACGUUUGAGCUGGUGCCAGGCAACGCAGUUCCGGUGGUCAAGAUGUACGUGCCUAUAUGGCAAUACGCCCGCGACGAGCCUGGGAUUGUGCGUCGCUACCAGCGCUUGCUACAGACGCAGGGGUUGGGGCAUUACGAUAUUGAGGCUGCUAUUCAAUGCAUCUUCGGUGAUGAGAGGGAAAUAAGCUUGCAUAAUAUGGCGUCAAUCGUCUCUACGGGAGGCGGCGAAAAUGUAGCCUUUACCGCCUACCUCGGGCCAAAGUUCUGGGACUAA